AUGCGCUGCGUGCUCCCUGACAAGGGCAAACGAAUACUCCAGUCGGUCCACUCGGGCCUCUGUUGGAAGCACGCCUCGGCCAAGACGAUAGUUGGAAAGGCCCACAGGCAAGGGUUCUUCUGGCCAACCGCCGUAACAGACGCGCAAGAGUUGGGACUCAACAUUGUCGGGCCCUCCAAGCGGGCACCAGGAGGGUUCACCCACCUGUUUGUCACCAUCGACAAAUUCACUAAGUGGAUAGAAGCAAAACUGGUCGCCAUAAUCGACUCAGUGCAUGCGAAAUUCUUCAUACAGAACAUCAUCUACCGCUUUGGCAUUCUGAACCGUAUCAUUACGGACAACGGUAGGCAGUUCAUCUCUGGAGUCUUCCAAGAUUUUUGCGAGGAGCGUGGGAUUAAGAUCUGCUACGCCUCCGUAGCACACCCGAAGAGCAACGCGCAGGUUGAAAGAGCUAACGGCAUGAUCCUUCAAGGAAUCAAAACCAGGGUCUUCGACUGA